ACGAGGCUUUCCAGGGAUAGUGAGUUCGCCAUAUUUCCCAGUGGCAGAGUUUAAACUGCCCUUAUCGGGAGGAAGUGUGUGUGUGCGUGUGUGUGCGCGUGUGUGCGUGUGCGCGCGUGCGUGUGUGUGGGACAGGCGAGCGCAUAAAGAGUUUCAGCGCAGUGUGAACUUAAAGCGACUUCUGCUCCUCAGAAAUGGCUCCGCUCCUCUUUCUCUUAUUCCUCGCGCAUCUUGGAUUUUGCAGCGCGCAUCGUCUCAGAGCAGAUGGAGGGCAGCCUCGCCUCCACAUCUUCCAUCACUCAUGUGCCCUGAAGAAGGACGAGGGCCCGUGCAAGGCGUUACACGACAGAUUCUACUUCGACAUCGACACAGGUCGCUGUGAGCCGUUCGAGUACGGAGGCUGCCAGGGCAACGCAAACAACUUUGAGACCUUGGAGGCGUGCGAAGAAAUGUGCGUAGUGAAAGCCAAUAAGAGUCCGUGUCACCUGGAGGACGAGCCGGGUCCGUGCCGGGGGCUGGUGCCCCGCUAUUUCUUCGACAGCAAGAAACAGGAGUGCAGACGCUUCUUCUACGGCGGCUGCUUCGGGAACGCAAACAACUUCAAGACCCUUAAAGAGUGCCAAAACAGAUGUCAGCCAGGUAAUGACACUGAGGAGCCCAGACGUGACCCAAAACCUGGGGAUGUGGCCAAGCCUUCUGGAGCACCUCUCAUUACACAUGAGAGGCUCACAGAGACCACAGUACACUUGCUGCCCGGCAUCCAGCCACAGGUAGAGAAAGACACAAAAUUCACUCUUCCAGACAUCUGCCUGAGUCCGGUUAAUCGGGGCGACUGUGCCGGCUCUGAGAGGAGAUAUGUGUACAGCCAGAGGGUUAAACGCUGCCAGGUGUUCCGCUACAGUGGCUGUGGGGGCAACAAGAACAACUUCACCACCAAGAAGCUUUGCAUGAAAAAGUGCAUGCCAGGUCACAAAAUGCCAGUGCAAAUCCGAAUAAAGAAGAAGACCUCCAAUAUCUUAUUCCGAUCUAUAUAAGACACAACAACUCCAUGGAAUCGUAUACAACACUACCUUUUUCCUCUAUGGAAUAUUUAAGUCAGUUAUAAAUGUUUGCUAACAGCUCUGAAAGUUUUUCCGUUUUUUUUAUUUUUUUAUAUUACAAGAUGUGUAUUGAUGAUAAACUGCUAAUCUUGUGCUUUGUUUAGCCUUUACAGUUGUAUGCAGAAGUUUGAACACCCCAGUCAAAUGACAUGUUUUGCUAAUUCUCUAAGUGAAAAUAGGUUAGCACACCAUCUGCAGGGAACACACUUAUCCUUCACAUUAGUGUGCAGUUUCUAUUUAUUUGCUGAAUUUAGCAUGCCGGAAAAAAUAACAUGUGUUUUGUGUUUUAUUAUUUUUCCAAUAUUUUUUAUUCAAUAUGUUUUACUCAGUAAAUAAGCGGUAAUUGUGCAUUAAAACGUGCAGAAGUGUGUUCUCCGUGGAGGAUGUGUUCACUUUUUUACACUCAGAAAAUCAACAAAACAUAUCAUUUGACCAGGGGAGUUCAAACUUUCGCAUAUGACCGUACUUGACUUGUUCUCUGACUCCAUGCUUUGUACAUUUUGCCAUUUUCCAUGCUGUACUGUAACGGAUUUGAUUCAUCAGUCAGUUCUCAAGCCCUUCAUUAAUGGAGUUGAGUUGUACACUGGAAACAGUGACUCACUGAGUUUACUUGAUUCAAAUAUGUACAUGAAUAAAAACAUUACAUCAGCACAGUUUUGCCUUUCAGAUGACUUCAGGCAGUAACAGAUUGUGCUGAUAUAUUCAAUAUGAUUAUAUAUCAUUCAUGUGGAAAUGAUGUAAAUGCAAAGUGCAUGUACUUCAAUACAUUAUUUGUUUAUGUAGCAGGGAAAUGAUAAAUAUGUGCAGUGUUUGGGGUCCUAGAGAGCCCAUACUUCACCCUCAUUAACCUGAUUCUGUUAAUUCAAACUGUGUAUAUACUGUAUUUGCAUUACUGUAUGUAUCAUAGGUCUGUACCUCAAUCCUCUUGUUUGUCAGUGUCCUUGUAUCUUUGAAUAAUGACGAAGAACCGUGAUAAAGAGUUCUGUUUGUGUCUGCUGCUUAUUUUUCAUUCAUAUAAUCAUGUUGCAAAAUGUCAAUAAAA